AUGGCCCUUACAAGGACCUUUGGAACAAAUGGAAAAAGGUGGAUCUACAAACAACAAACGUGGCCGAAUCCUUCCACAAGUGAGUACUUGUCACCUUCAAGCUGUUGCAAGUUGUAUAACACCUUUUUUUCUAGCCGUUUGAAUGUUACGUUUGGUAGAGACCACCCCGACCUCAAGACGCUUAUUGAAAAAUUGAAGUAUAUAGAUUCUGAGGUGAAGUGCUCACUCCGGUUUUUUCGAGAGAAUUCCGAAGAACACAAGCACCUGCGAAAGCGCGACCGUGAAAGGAUAGAAAUUAUUGAAAAAAGCAUGAGCAGAUUUGACGAACUUUAUCGUCUUCGAGGAGUUACGAGAAGCGACAUCAAAAACUACUGCAGAUACAUGUCAAGAUACGUGUCUGGGAAGAAAAAUCUGAUACUCAUAUACCUCACAAAUAAGUUGCUGAUAGAAGGUAUUCACAAAUCCGUCGUUAAACAAAAACAUCCCAUCUGUCAUAAUCUGCCUGAUCCAGAUAAUCAUAAUAAAAUGAUUCAGUGUUCAAAAUGUCGCAGUGAUAAAGUUAUAAAAAUGUCAGUUAUAAAUGGAGUGACAAUAAACAUUCAUUUGUCGUUUGAUGAACAAAACAGAUGGAGAACCUACCACUUUGGGAGCAUUCACGAUUUACUGCAUGCUACUGUGAAACAGAAGAUAUCACAACUCCGAGAUGACUGUGAUAUCACCCAUUUCCCAAUAGCUUGA